AUCAUCGCUUGCCUCUCCUGGUCAUUCCAACUUUCUCUCUCCAUUUCCUCCUCUUUCAAUCAUCCCGUCCGACAUGGCACGAGUAAGCGCACGGCCGGUCGGCGUCCGUUCUUCGAGUCUUGUCAAGACAUGAGAGUCCGAGCGACCUUCAUUUCGCUGCCCCCUUGUCACUCGUGGCCUCGCCCUUCUGCCCCCACCGCAGCCCGGAUAGCGAGCCACUCUGGGAGGCCCCGCCCGCCCAAUGCGAGAUCCAUCUCAAGCUUCCCCCUUCGUGAAACCCCUCAACUAUUUCCCAUCCAGCAUGGCGCGCGCCACACCUUCAAUCUCAGCAGAUUGUCCAUCUCCUCGCCUCAUCGCCAUCGUUCCCACACUCGACAUGCCAAUGACAUGUCAUACGUCACCCUCUGUUAUGCAACAUGCUCCUUUUUAUCUGACGCCUUGGAGCCGCUUCAUCUCCUCGGUCCAACCGCCGUAUGCCUUGGAAGCACUCACUUUCAACAUAAGCAUGGCAGGACGUGACUUUGCCUGCUUGGCUGUGUACCCAGAUUCAUUUCGUUGCAUGAGCCGCUAUUCACACCACAUGCUUUCCACUUUACUCCAAGUCGCACAGCUUGUCAAGCAAUGUGGGCAAAGCCGGUUUUUCAUUCAUGUUGUGAAGCUUAUGUGCAACUUCCAAGAGUCUGUGGGUAGGCGGUCCAAGAUAUGAUAAGGGCGUGAUGGAACAGCCCGCGACAUCGCUUCGCCUUCCGAGAGCGAGCUAAGAUUGCAUCUGAAUCAGCGAGCUCGCCAUCUUUCGACGUUCGAUCCAGUCUCCCAGAGCACGGAAAUUACUUGCCUUCUGCCGUGCCCCUACUGAGCACAACAGUGGCGCGCCUAACGUCGUCCGUCUCCCACCGGUUUGGAUCCUUGGCCUCGGGGAAAUAUUUGUGGGUUUCGCAUUGUCUACGCCUGAGCCGAUUCGGUAUGAAUAAGAACAGAAAGUGUCUUGGUACUUGUGCCGCUUCCCAACAUUUCGUGCGCCGCCGUACCGCAAGGCUCGUCUUGGUCUUGCUUCGUUCCACUUACCGUACCCGACCCCCUAAUCGAUUGAUUAUCCGUAGGUCGCGUUCAAAAAUAGAUUGCCCUCUAUCCUCCAUCAACUCACUGUGCCACAAGUCUCUCCCUCCUGCGUGGCUUGCACCGUUAUUAACACGUGUGCCGCGUGCAUGUACACGUGAAGAUCUUGUUAGUGAGACAUCAGGACAUCCAUGCAAUUGAUGUACAACCCGAAAUCAACGCCAAAAGCCAAACUCUCUUCGUCUUGUUCAUCAAUUCCAUUACCAAUCAUGACCCGCAGUGUGAGCAACAGAGGAAACAGGAAAAAUCCGACGACUAGAAAGGGGAGUAAGCAACAAAGUUUAUUCGCCAUGUCAAACUAUGCAAAAGACUUAUGCAGGGUGAAGAAAAAAAAAAGCAGAGUUCACAAACGUCAAAACACGACUAAGUGAGUAAAUCUCUGUGGUUUGACAGCUGCUAGCUUAGAGUUUAAACUACACACCCGCAUGCGAAUUGCCCCUGCAGGGAACCUCUACCGUACCUGAAUUUGCUCCCGCAUGGCUGUUGUCAACCCAACUCAAUGAAUUUAUUUUAUUUUAUUUUUCGGAAACCAUUCGCAUAAAUCAAUGUUACCGCUUCAGUGAGGCUCUGUACACGCUUAACAUUCCAUCAUUGUUUAUAAGUGCUCCAAAACGUAUAUACAAUAUUGAAAACGGGAUAGGUACUGCUAUCUCCAAAUGUUGGAUUCGACAAAUUGUUAUUGUCAAAGCGAUGAACGUGAUUCUUCGCGCACACUGCACUAUUUUCAACAAGAGUAUAACAGUAGAUGAAC